GCAUUCACUCUGACGACCAUGGAGUGGAGAGAUUUCCUCCGUGCUCCAAACUUUUAAGGUUUUUCCAUCGUUUCGGGCAUUGACGGAGUGGGCAGCUUUGAAGGAGGUAUGGGGGAGAUAGAGGGUUCUUACCGGGUCCUGCAGACCCCCGGCACAAGACUGGGUGCCCAGUUCAACCCUGGGAUCAGCACCCUGGAACCAGGCCAAAGCCUCAGUGGCAACAUGGUGGUCAGCGGGAGCAAAAGCCACGGGCGAGGCCUCCAGAUCCGCGUGCAAGGACUGGACGACUCUCAGGAGUUCUUUGACGUAGACCCCAAAACUCUUGGACAGAACCUUCUCUCUGAGGUUUUCCAUAGAGGUAACCUCAUCGAGAGUGAUUACUUCGGCCUGGAGUUUCAGAACAUGCAGAUGAACUGGGUUUGGUUGGAUCCAACAAAACUCAUUGUAAAGCAAGUCAGGAGACCAACCAACACACUCUUUAGACUUUCAGUGAAGUUUUUCCCGCCUGACCCGGGACAGCUGCAGGAGGAGUACACCAGGUAUUUAUUCUCCCUGCAAAUGAAAAGAGAUCUGACGGAGGGCCGGUUGAUCUGCACAGAGAAGACUGGAGCGCUGCUGGCCUCCCACCUCGUUCAGUCUGAGAUUGGUGACUAUGAUGAUGAAUCAGACCGGGAGUUUCUGAGAACGAACAAGUUGUUGCCUUACCAAGACAAAGUGCAAGAGAAAAUCAUGGAGCUGCACCGCAGACAUCUAGGCCAGACACCUGCUGAAUCUGACUUCCAAAUCUUGGAAAUCGCCCGUAAACUGGAAAUGUACGGUGUCCGCUUCCACCCAGCAGCCGAUCGCGAGGGCACCAAAAUCAACCUGGCUGUGGCUCACAUGGGGCUUCAGGUUUUUCAG